AUGUUAGAAAAGAUUAAUUUGUUGGAUUACGUUAUUGCCGAUGAGGUUAGUGUGGAAAUUGCGUACUCGUCACCGCCUGUGACCAUGGAUCAGUUGUUAGUAUUAAUAGUGGUCGUUUUGGCGACUGGGGUGGUACGUGCCAGUUAUCUAAGCGAACGGUUCGGCGUGCUCACCUCGCCGAAAAUAUUCUCCAGAAAUGUGCUGGGAUACUUAUCCAAUGAGACUUCCCUACGGCACCGAUGUCGUGUUGAGCUAGCUCAAUUUGCAACUGAUCUUCAAGACGGGAGACAGUGGGCGUUGAACAUGUACGACGCCAACGGAAAGCUGCCAUCUGGUGUACUGGAUGGCAAUCUCGCUGAAUUGGGAUCAUUUGAUGAGUGCUUACGAAUUGCGCGUACCAACGAUCAUGGAUUAACUGGAAAGUACUGUUUGGCGUCGCUUUACGUUCCUAGUCUAUACGUCGAUAAUGCCACUCUGAGACUACUGCACGACGGUUUGGAGAUGAACAAAAUGGAGUUCGCGGUUUGUUAUCCGAGCUCGUGUUCGGCCACGGAUCUGGAAAAGGUCACGAAAGGGAUUGGGCUGAAUUUGACCAUAACCGAAAGCACCUGCCAGACGAAAGCGACCCAGUACAGCCUUACAGCUGGAAGCUACGUUACUUUGGCACUUGCUUGUGUUAUCCUAGCUCUAAUAGUAGCAUCGACAAUCUACGAGAUCUGUUUGAAAGGCAAAUCGCAUUGGGCACUAAAGUCAUUUUCAUUGUGGUCGAAUGGAAAACUAAUCUUUUCCAUUAAGAAACCCGGCCCUAACGAAAUCCAGUCCCUGAGCGGAAUUCGAACACUUGCAAUGACCGCAGUGAUCCUUGUACACGUAACCAACGACCGCUUCGAGCACCUCACCAGGAAUACGUAUUACUACUCAUACUGGAUACACCAAGCAGAAAAUGGCCCCAUAAUUCGCCUAUCCAUUGUAGCUGACGUUUUUUUGUUAAUUUCCGGAUGUCUAGUUUCAUACAACUUUCUACAGAGGAAGUCAAAGGGCGCCGAAGUGAAUAUUGCUUCGUACUACGUCGAAAGGUACCUGAGGCUUACUCCGUCACUGGUGGCGAUGCUACUGUUUACAAUAACGUGGUACGGAUACAUCGGAUCUGGGCCCUUAUGGUACCAGUCGAAGGACUUUAUCAGACCGUGUAAAACGAAUUGGUGGUCAUACCUGCUGUACAUCCAGAAUUACGUCAUCUACUCAGUGGAAAAAGCACAGACGUUCGGCGAACUUCUCCAAUAUCAGUGUAUCGGGACAACCUGGUACCUCUCCAUUGAUUUUCAGCUCUACGUACUCUCUCCAAUACUGCUGAUUCCUUUGGCGCGAUGGAGAAGGGAAACUAUGGCAGUAACCGCCGGACUGACCUUGCUUUCUAUUGCGACCACAUUCACGCUCGCUUGGAAAUUGAAGAUGUGCGCCUCCAAUGAUUGUAGAAACGAGGACGUUUACCUCAAGUACUACUAUUACUUCGUGCCCACAAAGGCUUCGUCUUGGUUAAUUGGAUUUUUGUUGGGAAGCCUGAUGUUCAACGUGAAAGCGGAGAAAACAUCAAUCAUUAAAAAGAAUGUGGCCAUACCACUCAUGCUUGCCGGAAUCAUUCUCUACGUCGGAUGUCUGUUUGGCGAAAAUCGUGUUGUUGUUUCCAGUUAUGACAGAUUCGAGAACAGCUUCGCGCUAGCACUACUUCGACCAGCAAACUUGCUGGCAGUCGGAUGCGUAAUUUACGUUUGCGAGAUCGGACACGGAGGAAUUGUCACCAGUUUUCUAUCCAACCCACUGUUCGUGGUCAUCUCAAGACUUACGUUCGCCAUGUACCUGGUGCACUUACACGUGGUGCAUUUCAGUGUGAAUACCGGUCGAGUUACUCCGUACGUUAGCGGAUAUACGCUCUUGGUCAACGAGUUCUCUGGUGCGCUGCUUCUUUCGCUACUUUACGGGUUGGUUCUGUCCCUGUCGGUGGAACUGCCUGCGCAACACUUCGUCAGGUACCUAAUGAACGCGUCCAGGAUGAAAAAGAGAUGAUGACCGCGAAACUAACAUUAAUUUAAUGAAGUAUUAAUUAAAAUUUUCAAUGA